AUGCUAUCGGCCACAUCCAGCGAUUUGAAUACAGCAUCUAAUUUUCAUACAGUUAAGGAAAAACAGGCCGCUCAAAUCCUCAUUGCACAGAUUAGUUUAUUAUUCACGACUCUUAACAACAGCAAUUUUGAAUCCGUGGAAAGAGAAAUUAAACACAUUCUAGACAGAUCGCCCGUAGAUAUAUACAUAAAAGUUUGGCAGCGACUAUUAACCCUUAGUUCCCAGGACAUAUUAAAAUCGGGAAAAUUUUUACCUCAAGAGAAUUUACUGCAUAGAUUAUUACUGAAAUUUGCUGAGGAUUUACCAAAGAAAAGCACAGAUCUUAUUAAACUUUUGAAAGAACGAACUUUUGAGGAUCAGGAGUUCCAAAAACAGACAGGAAUUACAUUAUCACGUUUUAUUAAUCUAUUUGAUAAAUCUGCAAAUAAGGACCUUAUAACAUCGCUUGACCACUCCUCUCAGAUUAAAAACUUAAAGAAAAUCAAAAUGAAUCACACGAAUUACCUAAGAAAUUUUUUCCUUCAAACUACACCAGAAACAUUAGAGUCCAAUUUACGUGACUUGUUGCAUUCAUUGGAAGGGGAAAGUUUGAAUGAUUUGCUAGCUCUUUUACUGUCGGAGAUACUUUCACCGGGAUCUCAGAACUUACAAAACGACCCUAGGCAGAGUUGGUUGACACCUUCAAUUGUUGUGGACGCCACUAAAUGUGGCGCAAUUAUAGCAAGGUCUAUCAGUUCUGUGCAAUCCAACCUGAUAAAUUGGAAUCGUGUAUUUAAUCUAAUGUCAACAAAAUACUUCUUAAGUGUACCACUAAUGGCUACUACAGCUUCUCUAAGUGGUUUAUUUGCCGCAUUACACGAUGGACCAGUCAUUGACGAAUUUUUCAGUUGCGAUUGGAAAGUCAUUUUCAAAUUAGAUUUGGCCAUUCAACUACAUAAAUGGUCCGUACAGAACGGCUGCUUCGAUUUAUUAACCGCAGAAGGCACUAGGAAGGUCUCUGAUUCAAUUCCGAACACGAAGGAAUCUUUACUCUAUUUAUUAUCCAUUGCAUCAUUAAAUCUGGAAUUAUUUUUACAGAGGGAAGAAUUGUCUGAUAGCCCUAUGCUAGCCUAUUUUCAAGAAUGUUUUUUUGAAGAUUUCAACCACGCUCCCGAGUACCUUGUUUUGGCAUUGAUCAAAGAUAUGAAGCGCUUUAUCUUAUUGAUAGAGAACAAGGCAAUCGUAGAUGAAAUAUUGAUUACCUUAUUGGUUCAGGUUCAUAAUAAAUCGCCAUCAUCUUUCAAAGACGUUAUUUCCACGAUAACCGAUGAUUCUAAAAUCGUAGAUGCUGCCAAAAUUAUAAUCAGUUCUGAUGAUGUACCUACUGCAAACUUCUUUAAUUCGUUAUCGGAUACCGGAAGAUUAGACUCGGUCAUUAACAAACUUUCCUUCAGUGAAGCUUUUAAAAUUUUACCAUGUGUGAGACAAAUUGGCUGGGAAGGGUUCGAAAGUUUUCUGAAAACAAAAAUGUCACCAUCUAACGUCGAUAUAGUGCUGGAAUCACUAGAAUCUCAAACGAAAAUGACUGAUGCAAACACUUCAUUCAGGUCUUCAAAAACAUUUGAUCUAUUUGCCUUGCAUUCGCUAAUCAACGCAUUGAAUAAAUGCCCAUUAGACGCACUUCAAUUACAAAGGUUUGAAUCCUUAGAAUUUUCUUUAUUGAUUGCUUUCCCAAGAUUGAUAAAUUUUGGUUUUGGACAUGACGAAGCUAUUUUGGCCAAUGGUGAUAUCACAGUAAUUAAUAGUGAUAUUGAAAAGGAGAUGCAAAACUAUUUACAGAAAAUGUAUAGUGGCGAAUUAGCCAUUAAAGAUGUCAUCGAACUUUUGAGAAGAUUAAGAGAUAGCGAUAUGCCAAGAGACCAGGAAAUAUUUACAUGUAUCACUCAUGCUGUUAUUGCAGAAUCAAGUUUCUUCCAGGAUUAUCCAUUGGAUGCAUUGGCUACUACAUCUGUUCUUUUUGGAUCAAUGAUUCUCUUCCAAUUACUACGUGGGUUUGUAUUGGACGUUGCAUUCCGUAUAAUCAUGAAAUUUGCUAAGGAGCCUCCCGAGUCCAAGAUGUUUAAAUUUGCUGUGCAAGCUAUUUAUGCAUUUAGAAUACGUUUGACCGAAUAUCCACAAUACUGUAGGGAUCUAUUGAAGGAAGUUCCGGCAUUAAAGUCACAAGCUCAGGUUUACCAAUCCAUUGUCGAAGCGGCUACCUUAGCGAAUACUCCAAAAGAAAGGCCAAGACCUGUUCAAGAAAUGAUCCCACUAAAGUAUUUUGUAGUAGAAGAAGUUUCAUGUCAAAUCAACCAAGAAGGCGCUCCAAAAGAUGUCGUAGAAAAAGUUCUUUUUGUUCUCAAUAAUGUUACAUCGGCUAAUUUGAAUAACAAGGUCGAUGACUUGAAGAAAAGUUUAACGCCCAAUUACUUUUCUUGGUUCUCCACCUAUUUGGUUACUCAAAGAGCCAAAACUGAACCUAAUUAUCAUGAACUUUAUAGCCAAGUAGUAGUUGCUAUUGGAUCAGGGCUGCUACACCAGUUUAUGAUCAACGUUACUUUGAGGCAAUUAUUCAGUCUGUUGUCUACAAAGGAGGAGCAGGCUAUCGAUAAAAAACACCUGAAGAAUUUAGCUUCAUGGUUGGGAUUUAUCACUUUAGCCUUGAACAAGCCAAUCAAACACAAGAAUAUUGCAUUCAGGGAGCUGUUACUUGAAGCUUAUAAGGAAAAUAGAUUAGAAAUAGUUGUACCAUUCGUGACAAAGGUUUUACAAGGGGCCUCCGAAUCAAAAAUUUUCAGACCACCGAACCCAUGGUCCGUUGGCAUAUUGAAGCUGUUGAUUGAACUCAACGAAAAGGCAAAUUGGAAAUUAAGCCUCACUUUUGAAGUUGAAGUUUUAUUAAAGUCAUUUAAUUUAACAACCAAGUCUUUGAAGCCUUCAAAUUUCAUUGAUACUCCAGAAAGUAUUGAAACUUUGUCAGGGGCUCUGGGUUCAAUUACCAUAGAGCAACAGCAAACUGAACAGCAAAGACAGAUCAUAUUAAUGCAACAGCAUCAACAACAAAUGCUAAUAUAUCAACAAAGACAACAACAACAGCAGCAAAGACAACAACAACAACAACAUCAUAUGGGUACAAUAACGGAUCAACAGGGGGCCUUUGGUGGUGAAGGGGCAAUCUCACAUGAUAACCCUUUCAAUAGCUUACUUGGCUCUACUAUCUUCGUUACUCAUCCCGAUUUGAAGAGGGUUUUUCAAAUGGCUUUAGCUAAGUCGGUUCGCGAAAUUUUGUUGGAGGUAGUUGAAAAAUCGUCGGGGAUUGCUGUUGUUACAACAACAAAAAUAAUUCUCAAAGACUUUGCCACCGAAGUUGAUGAAUCUAAGCUUAAAACCGCUGCAAUCAUUAUGGUAAGGCACUUAGCACAAAGUUUGGCUCGCGCUACUUCUAUCGAACCAUUGAAAGAGGGUAUUCGUUCUACCAUGCAAUCGCUAGCGCCAAAUUUAAUGUCUCUUUCUUCCUCUCCAGCAGAGGAACUUGACACAGCCAUAAACGAAAAUAUUGGAAUUGCCUUAAUUUUAAUUGAAAAGGCGUCUAUGGAUAAGUCCACUCAAGAUUUGGCAGACCAGUUGAUGCAAGCAAUUGCUAUUCGUCGUUAUCAUAAGGAAAGACGAGCUGAUCAACCAUUUAUAACUCAAAACACCAACCCAUAUUCAUUAUCCUUGCCGGAACCUCUGGGCUUGAAAAACACUGGUAUUACUUCUCAACAAUUUAGGGUAUACGAAGAGUUUGGUAAAAAUAUUCCAAACCUAGAUGUUAUUCCGUUCGCAGGAUUACCUGCUCAUGCUCCUCCAAUGAAUCAAAAUAUGAAUUUAUCUCAACCGCAGCAACCACAACCACAAAUGCCUGCUCAGCUGUUAACUCCCGAACAAAUAAGAGCUCAACAGCAACAGCAACAGCAACAACAACAGCAACAACAACAGCAGCAACAGCAACAACAGCAGCAACAGCAACAGCAACAGCAACAGCAACAACAACAACAACAACAACAACAACAACAACAACAACAACAACAACAGCAACAGCAACAACAACAACAACAGCAACAGCAACAGCAGCAGCAGCAAUUACAGAAGAACCAUUUAAAUCAACCUCCUCAAUCAGCUCAACCGUCAGGCUUAAAUGUUUCAAAUACUCAGGCUGGCGUUACUGCGGUUCAAUCAGACCUAGAGCAAAAUCAACGUGUUCUUGUUCAACUCAUGGAUAUUCUAGUUUCUCAAAUUAAAGAAAAUGCUGCGAAGAAUAACUUGGCUGAAUUGGGUGAUCAGAAUCAAAUCAAAACGAUUAUUUUUCAAAUUUUGACCUUUAUUGCAAAGAGCGCACAAAAGGAUCAACUAGCAUUAAAGGUUUCCCAAGCUGUCGUGAAUAGUCUUUUUGCUACCAGUGAGAGUUCCCUAUGUAGAGAAGUGUUGUCUUUACUCUUAGAGAAACUAUGUUCUUUAUCUCUCGUCGCUAGAAAAGACGUUGUUUGGUGGCUAGUUUAUGCUCUGGACAGUAGAAAAUUCAAUGUCCCGGUUAUCAGGUCUUUAUUAGAAGUUAAUUUGAUCGACGCUACGGAAUUAGAUAACGUUUUGGUCACUGCAAUGAAGAACGACAUGGAAAAUUCUACUGACUUUGCCAUUAAAUUGAUUCAAAAUUCUGUAUUAUCUGAUGAUCCAAUUCUGAUGAGAAUGGAUUUCAUCAAAACUUUGGAGUAUUUAUCUUCGCUAGACGAUGAAAACGUAAAAAAGUUUAUCGAAGACUUCGAGGAUACUAAAAUAAUGCCAGUAAAAAAGGGUACCAAGACCACAAGGACAGAAAAAUUUUAUUUGGUGUUUACAGAAUGGGUAAAAUUGCUUCAAAGAGUUGAAUAUAACGACAUACUGACCACCGUCUUCAUCAAGCAGUUGGUGGAGAAGGGCGUCAUCAGCGAUACUGAUAAUUUGAUCACGUUUGUCAAAAGUUCUCUCGAACUAUCUGUUUCUUCAUUCAAGGAAAGCGAUCCUACCGAUGAAGUUUUCAUUGCUAUCGAUGCUUUGGGAUCGCUAAUUGUGAAACUGUUGAUUUUACAGGACUUCAAAGACCAUACAAGAAAAGACUACAUUAACGCAAUAUUUUCUGUGAUUGUUUUGGUAUUUGCCAAGGAUCAUAGCCAGGAAGAUACCUCCUUUAAUGAGAGACCAUAUUUCAGACUUUUUUCCAACAUAUUAUACGAAUGGGCCACCAUUAGGACGCAUGAUUUUGUAAGGAUAUCCGACUCAAAAACUAGACAAGAGUUGACUGAAUUUGAUUCUGUAUUUUACAAUACCUUCUCCGGCUAUUUGCACUCUCUGCAACCGUUCGCCUUCCCUGGAUUCUCAUUUGCAUGGGUAACAUUAUUAUCUCACAGAAUGUUAUUACCUGUCAUGUUAAGAUUGCCCAAGAAAAUUGGUUGGGAAAAAUUAAUGCUCUUAAUAAUUGACCUAUUUAGAUUUUUGGAUCAGUACACGAGUAAACAUGCCGUCUCUGAUGCUAUCUCCGUUGUUUAUAAAGGCACACUUCGUGUCAUUUUAGGUAUUUCCAAUGAUGUACCAUCUUUUUUGAUUGAAAAUCAUUAUGAAUUAAUGAACAACUUACCCCCAACCUAUUUUCAACUGAAGAACGUUAUUUUAUCGGCUAUUCCUAAACACAUGACUGUUCCAAACCCAUAUGAUGUGGAUCUUUCUAUGAACGAUAUUCCGUCAUGCAAGGAAUUACCUGAAGUAUUCUUUGACCCUGUAAUUGACUUACAUUCUUUGAAAAAACCAGUCGACAACUACCUACGUAUUCCUUCCAAUUCAUUACUAAGAACUAUCCUAAACUCAAUUUACAGAGAUACCUAUGACAUAAAAAAGGGUGUUGGCUACGACAUUUUAUCCGUUGAUAGUAAAUUGAUCCGUGCUAUUGUAUUGCAUGUGGGUAUUGAAGCGGGAAUAGAAUAUAAAAGAACGUCAUCAAACGCGGUAUUCAAUACGAAAUCUUCCUAUUACUCAUUAUUGUUUAACCUGAUUCAAAACGGUACCAUCGAAAUGAAAUACCAAAUCAUACUAGCCAUUGUCGAACAACUGAGGUACCCAAAUAUCCAUACUUACUGGUUCAGCUUUGUAUUAAUGACUAUGUUCAAAAGCGAAGAGUGGGAUGACCAGAAACUCGAAGUUCAAGAGAUCAUUUUGAGAAAUUUUUUGAAAAGGAUUAUUGUUAACAAGCCUCACACGUGGGGUAUAUCAGUUUUCUUUACUCAAUUGAUCAACAGCGCUGAUAUUAGCCUCCUAGAUCUGCCAUUUGUACAAAGCGUUCCUGAAAUCAAACUAAUUUUACAACAAUUAGUUAAAUAUUCAAAAAAAUACACCGGUUGUGAGCAAAAUGAGAGACCUCUUAACAUCGACGGUAGGCAAACUCCCCUACAAUCCAACGCAUAA